CGGGCUCGUUCGCAGUCUGCGUCGAGUUCGUCUGCCGUUCGCCCGUCUUCUUUGUAUCUCAUUCGCCAUCCGUUCGUCGGCCUUUAUCUACCAGUUCGGAAAGUGAUUCACAUUCUCAGUCGUUCCGUUUCUUUUUCCAUCUUCGUCCGAAAGGAUCUCGCACCGAGUCGGUCAGCGUACAUUUACGAAUUCGACAUUAUUAUUGUCUGAAUGGGGGCGGAACUCUGCCCAGAGACACCCAGCAAUGUCUUCUCAGUGAUUUAAAUCAUCCUGUCCGGGCCCUAUUUGUUUUCUUCAGCACUUUCAACGUAAAAAAAAGAAAAAAAAAAUUCGACGCGAGGUUUAUCUUUAAGACACAAUGGUUGACAGAUUGGUAAAUAGUGAGGCUAAUUCUCGAAGGAUUGCAAUAGUGGAAGGAUGUUUUGGAAGUGCAGGAGAGCCUUUAGCUGUUAAAGGAAGAGUUUUAGUUGGAGAGGGGGUCUUAACAAAAAUGUGCCGGAAGAAACCUAAACCAAGGCAGUUUUUCUUAUUCAACGAUAUUUUAGUUUAUGGCAAUAUAAUUAUUAACAAAAAGAAAUACAAUAAACAACAUGUGAUACCUUUAGAGGAAGUAAAAUUAGAAUCGUUAGAGGAUGAAGGCCAAUUACGAAAUGGGUGGUUGAUUCGUACUGCAUCUAAAUCCUUUGCUGUUUUUGCUGCCACUUCAACAGAAAAGCAGGAGUGGAUGGCACACAUUAAUAAGUGCAUUGAAGAUCUACUAAGGAAGAGUGGUAAAAAGGCUGCCGAGGAACAUGCAGCUGUUUGGGUUCCUGAUUCUGAAGCAAAUGUCUGUAUGCACUGUAAAAGAAAUCAGUUCACAGUUUUGCAUAGAAGGCAUCAUUGCCGGAAGUGUGGUGUCGUCGUUUGUGGACCUUGCUCAAACAAAAAAUUUCUACUCCCAAGCCAAUCAUCAAAACCUCUAAGAGUCUGUUUACAAUGCUACGAUGCAUUAUCUAAAGCAAAGACACAAAACAACAAAUAUAAUUUAUCAAGCAAAUUAGAAUCCCAAGAAAGGGGAGCUGGUUCAAUAGAAUCUUCAUGUGAAGAUGAUUCUGAUGAUGAUGAUGACAAUUUGAACAAAUCAGAACCGUCUCCAGACUAUGUGCCCAAAUUUUAUGGAACCACUGGAGAAGUUGGAGAUGAUCUGGGGACAAAAUGAGCCGAGCCGAUUUAUUGGCAUUACCACAGAGAAAGGGCAGUAAAAACAAUCACCAAAAUAAUUCUAAUUAAAUUAAUACAUUUAAAUUAUUUAAAUUGAACAGUAUGUGAUAUAAUGAACUUGAAUAUAAUGUUCUUUUUUUUUCAAGAAAAAUAAAUGUAUUCAAUUUUAUGAAAUUAAAAUUUAAACUUUGGAGAGCAUUUAUUGAAAUUUGAAAAUUUUAAUGAUUUAUAGUGCCAAAAUGUAAUUGAGCAGGUGCAAAUAUAAUAGUUGCUCUGAAUUAGUUUUUUAUCUCACAGUAUUAACCAGGUUUUUUAGAUUUGAAUAAAUGUAUAUUUUAUUAGCUAUAGACACUUCUGCUCUUAAAAUGUAUUAUAUUAUUUUUAUAUUAUAGAUGUAGGGUGAAUCAACAACCACUUUUGCACCAGUUCUCGAAUGCUUAAUAGUAGGGGAAAAGAUAAAAUUAUUGCUUAAUUAAUAUAAUUGAGAUGUCUUCCUUGCAAAUUAGGCCAAGUAUUCUUUAUGCGAUGGGAAAUUUGAACCUUAAAAUGCCUUUAAAAUCAAACUAAUCAAGGUAUAUUUUACAAUUUAAACUAGUUUGUUCUUAGUUCGGACAAGUUAAAACAUAUUUUAUGUAAACAGCAUAAUUCAUUGUUUUUGUACUUAGUUUUGAAGAUAAAAGAUAAUUUUUCAUCCAAGCUUAACUGUCAAUUAGUAAAUUUAAGUUACCAUAAUAAUAAUGGCCCCCCCCACAUGAAUUUGCUCUUGCUGUAAUAACCACAAGAUAAAUUUCACAAUCCAGUUCAUUAACAUAGACAUUUUUUGCUCAUUUAAUGAACUUAGUGUAAUAUGAGACAUUGUAUGCAAUUUUCAUAAAAUAUACGAUUUAUUAUCAAUUAUACAUAACAUUUCGUGAUAAGGAAAUAUUAAAUAGCAUUGUACCAUAUCAGUAAUUUAAGUCGUUUUAGUACUGUUAAUUAAGUAUGUUAUAUCAUUAACAGACCAACCAUGUACAGGAUUAUAUAAUUUUUAGACAUUUAUGUUAACUUAAUUUAUUAUUAUUAUUUUUUUUUUAAAUUCCUGUUUUGUUAUAAUUUGGUUUAUGUUAUGAUUAGAGAAAUACAGCUAAGUAAUUUCAUUACCAAUUUGAACAAUGGAAAUUUAAUCCUUCUAUUAAUUAAUUUGAAAAAUGAGAAAAAGGUCAAAAAUACCAGUGCAAUAUUGUGACAGUGAUAUAAAUGUGUUUUAUUUCAAAAUUUGAGUACAUUAUGUAAACAAUUAAUGAAAGUACUCGUUAUAUCACAGGAAUUUUUACUUAAUGUUGAAAAUUAUAGUUGGAUAAGGUUAUUAUCAGUUAUAAAUUGUAAAUCUUAAAGCCGAUCCUUUUCUUCUUCUUCAAUGGUCUUACACAAUUUAGUCAGAUCGUCGCUAAUAACAACUCUGACUCACUACUGCCAUGCAUUUAUUUUUAUUAAACACGAUAAUUGCACCUAUUAUUUUGCUCUCAUUUUUAUAUCAUAAUAUUGUUCAUUAUCUAUAAUUAAUUUGUAUAAGUGGUUUUAUUUUUUUUUUAAACAUAAUUUGGUACAAUGGGGAUGCAAUUUCUU